CGAAUUAAUUGGAUCUGUGUUGAAGGAAGUGACGCUAAUGGAGAAACCAAUUAGUGAAAAACUGGAAGAAACUCCUAUCAAUUCAAUUUCAGUAAACGAUUUCACUUUAAAACCUUCAACUCCUCUAGCAACAGACGAAGGUAAUUAUCGAUUCAGUUUCGAAACCCAUUUUUCAACUAUUAAUAAAGCUGAAGAUGGCAGCUCAAAUCGCAACUGUGAGAAAUCAUUACAGCUUCAUCAAAUCUUUUCAUCUCACCAAGCCGAAUCUAUUUCUUCUUACCGUUAUGGGUGUAAAGUGAAUUCACAGUUUAUGGAUUACCAAGAGGGGGCAAAUUGUUUGAGCCAAUAUUUCGGGAUUCUUCAAGCUCAUGUCAGAUGUUCACAAGAAUGCUUGAAUUUUGGUUGAUUCCUCUGUGCUCAAUUAGUGGAGAAUAUUUUUAUGGUGGUAUGCAUUUUUCUCAAGUGAUAUUUGAUCGUGGAAAGGAGUUUGAAGUUAUUCACAGGUA